GUGCAAAAGAUGAAAAAGCACGGAACAAUUCGUACCAGUGCAUUUUGUCCAUCUCCGCAUGAAUUAUCCAAAAGCAGUCUUUGUUUUCGUGCCCUGCGCCUCUACGUUGUACUUAAGCUUUACGUUGGAUUCCAAAUUCAACAACGAGAGCUACGUCAUCUAUUCCAUUUCCACCGUAUAACGAAAUAGACAUCUUUCGUGUAUUGUUCUUUAACUCACUCAUCUUCUGCCUCUCAUUUUUUGUUAUCAUCUCUUUGUCUUCUCUCUCUUUUGAUUCUUAGACAAUUCAAUUCAUAUCUCAUCUCCUCCAUGCUCAGAAUUUAGAGAAUGACCCGUCUCCCUGAUUCAUGUUUUCCCUUCACCUUCUGAUUUUGUGAAUGAAAAAGAGCAAUUUUUGCUGGCAAGUUUAACAAAGCUAGUGUCUUAUCUGGUUUGUUAUUUCAUUGCCUCCAAAGUUUACGAUACCUUGGUGCUGUGUUUGGUUUAAACUUUGAUAUUUGGAUUUUACAUUUCUUAAUGGGGAUGUUCAGUGGUGCCGAGUAUGUGCCUAUUGGUAAUGAUGAGUUACCUUCUCCAAGAGAAAAUCACAUGAGGAGAGUUUCUGUUCUUCCUCUGGUAUUUCUCAUCUUCUAUGAGGUUUCUGGGGGACCCUUUGGUGUUGAGGACACAGUGCAUGCAGCAGGUCCUCUAUUAGCCCUUAUGGGGUUCUUGGUUUUCCCAUUCAUAUGGAGUGUUCCUGAGGCUCUGAUCACUGCAGAGAUGAGCACCAUGUUCCCUGAGAACAGUGGCUAUGUGGUUUGGGUCUCUUCUGCUUUGGGUCCCUAUUGGGGGUUUCAGCAAGGUUGGAUGAAAUGGCUAAGUGGGGUGAUUGACAAUGCUUUGUAUCCAGUUCUGUUUCUUGACUAUUUGAAAUCAGGUAUCCCUGCAUUGGGUGGUGGGGUUCCCAGAACUGUUUCAACUUGGGCCUUAACUGUGGCUCUCACUUGCUUGAACUAUAGGGGUUUAACCAUUGUGGGAAUGGUUGCAGUUCUGUUAGGUGUUUUCUCACUCCUUCCUUUUGUUGUCAUGGGACUCUUGUCAAUUCCAGACCUGAAACCUUCAAGAUGGUGUGUGAUGAAUCUGGAUGAUGUUGAUUGGAAUCUGUAUUUGAAUACUUUGUUUUGGAACCUCAAUUAUUGGGACUCUAUUAGUACUCUUGCUGGGGAAGUGGAUAAUCCAAGGAGAACUCUUCCCAAGGCUCUAUUUUAUGCUUUGAUCCUUGUGGUUUUGGGCUAUUUUUUCCCUCUUUUGAUUGGCACUGGUGCUGUUCCUCUCAAUAGGGACUUGUGGACUGAUGGGUACUUCUCAAUUAUUGCUGAGAUUGUUGGAGGAGUGUGGUUGAGGUGGUGGCUUCAAGCUGCUGCUGCAAUGUCUAACAUGGGAAUGUUUGUUGCUGAAAUGAGCAGUGACUCAUUCCAGCUUCUAGGGAUGGCAGAGAGGGGCAUGCUACCCGAGUUCUUCAGCAAGAGGUCCCGUUUCGGAACCCCUCUUGUAGGAAUACUCUUUUCGGCCUCUGGUGUGAUCUUACUGUCAUGGCUGAGUUUUCAGGAGAUUGUGGCUGCUGAAAACUUCUUGUACUGCUUUGGCAUGAUUUUGGAGUUUGUUGCAUUCAUAUUGUUGAGGAUCAGACACCCCAAUGCGUCUAGGCCUUACAAGGUUCCAGGGGGAACAGCUGGAGCAAUUACUAUCUGCAUUCCUCCCACAGUUUUGAUUUUUGUGGUGCUCGCUUUCUCCUCCAACAAAGUGCUGGUUAUAAGCCUCAUCGCUAUGGCGAUUGGCCUUGUAAUGCAACCUUGUCUUAAAAUUAUGGAGGAAAGGAGAUGGAUGAAGUUCUCUGUUAGAUCUGAGCUCCAGGAUCUUGACAAUAAUGAGGAGAGCAUUCACUCUUUUGUGGGUUAAGCUUAUCCUGUUUGAAGAGUUGUGUAGAGAAAAUUACACUUAAUAUGUACAGAACUUUGAAAUUGAAAUGCGUUUUGUCUAGUUAGAACUUAGGCUGCAUAUCAAUUUUGUGAGUUUGUUGAUAGAUAGGAUAGGUUGGUCAUUGGACACCUCUAAAGAAGAGAAUUAGAAUGUUUUAAGAAAUGAGUUUAUUUGGUUUCUAUGCAUCUUUUUUUUUCUUUUAAAUUAUAAAAUUUUGAAUUUCUUAA